AUGGCGGCCAACGAUUUUGCGACGAAGCUAAGCAGAAACACCAACAGAAUUACAGUGAUCUUGGUCUACGCAUUCCUCGAAUGGCUUCUCAUGUUCUUCAUCUUUCUCAAUUCCCUUUUCACUUACUUUAUCAUGAAAUUCGCCUCUUUCUUCGGCCUUAAGCAAGUCUGCGUUCUCUGCCCAAAGCUGGAUCGAAUCUUCGAGCGAAACCAAGAAAAAAGAUUCACUUACAAGGAGCUUUUAUGCCGGAAUCACGUCGCUGAGCUGGCAAGACUGAGUUUAUGCAAAACUCACGGCAAGUUAUCCGAAUCAGUUAACUUGUGCUCGGAAUGCUCAGAUCGCGAAGAACGGAGCAACAUUGGUUUAGGGUUUUGCACCUGUUGCCAGAAGAGCUUGGCAGAUAAACCCUAUCCUAGUUACUUUCGUGUCAAGUCAUCAAUUUGGGGGAACACUCUGUGUGACAGAGAGAACAGGGGAUUGAUUUUGGAGAUGAUAGAUGACGACAAAAUUGGAGAUCUGUUCGAGACACAGAGAGAUACAGAUCCCUUAGCGUUCUUCAGCGAGAAAGCAGAUGAGGAAGAAGAAGGAAAGAGACAAGAGCAUCAGCAAAAUGGUGAAGUGAUUUCAGACGCCGAGAGCUAUGGUUUAAGCCUGAGAGAAGUUUCUGAAGAAGAUGGGUUGAGAUCAAUCAUCAGCAAUAAAAUUCUUGGGAACGAAGAAGAAGAAAUCCCAGAAGGUAAAUCAAGAGUUUCAGAGGAUGAACAAAGUGAUGAUGACACAGGCAUUGCUUCCGCAUGUGUGGACGAUAAAAUUUCAGGGCGUGUGGAAGAAGAAGACAAAGAAAAAACAGAAAGAUCAGUUUUGUUGGAUGAUCAAUUUCAGACCAAGAAUGAAGCUUUUGUCAUCGAAGAUCUCUCUGUCGGAUUUGAUCCUAUUUUAACAGGUAGCCAAAAUGAAGAAAAGACAACGGAGCUUCCGCAAACACCUACUAAUACCUUAUUGCACAAGAAACUUCAUUUUCUUGCCAAUAAUGAGUCUGAAGAUGCAGGAGAUGGGAGAGUAGCAGUAGUGAGUGAGAUGGACGGUGGCGAUCCUGUAAGGACAAUCGAACGGCUGAGAGAGACUGUGAGAGCAGAGCAAGAAGCACUGAGAGGUUUAUAUGCAGAGCUGGAAGAAGAAAGAAGCGCGUCUGCAAUAGCAGCUAACCAGACAAUGGCGAUGAUCACGAGGCUACAAGAAGAGAAGGCUAAAGUUCAGAUGGAGGCGUUGCAGUAUCAGAGAAUGAUGGAGGAACAAGCUGAGUAUGAUCAAGAAGCCUUGCAGCUUUUGAAUCAUCUGAUGGUAAAAAGAGAGAAAGAGAAGGAAGUGCUCCAGAGAGAGCUUGAGGUUUAUCGAGAGAAGGUUUUGGAGUAUGAGAAGAACAAAAUCAGAACUACGAAAAGCCAUUGCGAGGCUGUUGAUGAUGAUGAUGAUGAUGAUGAUGAUAAAAAUGAGGAUAACGCUUCUGAGACGGAUGUUGAUUUGGAGAAGAUAACAUUGGAUUGUGUAAAACAUAUGAGCAUGCUUGAUGAGUCUCUAUCAGAGUUUGAGGAAGAGAGGUUAGUGAUCUUGGAUCAGCUUAAGGUGUUAGAGGACAGGUUAGUAACAAUGCAGGACAAUGAAUCUCCAGGAGAAUUCAGCAAUAGUUAUGAAGAUGAAGGAGUAACAAUGGCAUCAAUGGCAAAGAGUCUGCUUCCUCUUCUAGACGCAGCAGAGGACGAAUCAGAAGACGGUUAUCAAGAACUACUACCGGAGUCUUCGGAAAGAGAGAAGCUAGAGAUCAUCAAACAAGUUGAUAGCGUCUACGAGAGGCUACAGGUGCUGGAAACAGAUGGUGAGUUUCUGAAAAACUGUAUGAGUUCGGAGAAGAAAGGUGACAAAGGAACGGAUCUUCUUCAAGAUAUAUUGCAACAUCUCCGUGAUCUCAGAACCAUUGAACUCACUGACACAAUAGAAAAACAAGACAACACAGGAUGA